CCACACCCCCAAAUGUCAGGAGACAGACGCGCAGGUAUCUCAUAGGUCGAUCCCGCGAUGGCCCCGCCCUCCUCCUCCCCCGUGCGCACCUGCCGCCGCUGCGUCGCGUGGCUCUCCGGCGUGCGCACUCACUGAGCCACAGCCACAGAACCAUCUGUUACCGCAAACACACUCGUCUUCAAAUGGAUUAUGAGACCAAGGUUUUCCCUCACACCGGCGGCUAUGGACGCUACAACCGAGUCGUGGUGGUUUUCAGCUGGUUCCCCAACUUCGCGGUCAUGCUGAAUCUGUUCAGCGACGUUUUCUACACCGUGAUCCCGGACUCCUUCCACUGCAAACCCGACCCGCGGCUCCUGCCCUCCGCGUUCCUCCCCAGCAACUUCUCCAGACAGGGGUACCUCAACCUCACCAUCCCCUGGCUGAACGGCUCCGGUCUCAGCCACUGCGAACUGUUCAAGUACCCGCCAAAUGCCUCCGACUUUUCCGGAAAGCUCUCCAGGCAGAGGGUGUCCUGCACCGUGGGGUGGGAGUACGGCCAUGUAGCGGGGCUCCACAGCAACUUUGUGACUGAGUGGGACCUGGUUUGCAGUGACUUCUGGAAAAUCCCUUUGCAGCACAUCUGCUUCAUGACUGGGUGGAUUUUGGGAUACAUCCUUCUUGGUACAUUGUGCGACUGGCUGGGUCGUCGGAGAUGUUUCCUCCUCUCCAUCAGUCUGUCCAGUCUGUUGGGAGUCGCCGUAUGUUUAUCCAACAGUGUGGUGUUAUUUCUGCUGCUGCGUCUCUCUCAGGGCGCCAUGCUCGCUGGGGUGUUCCUAUCCUCCUAUAUAGCCAGGUUGGAGCUUUGUGAUCCUCCCCAUCGUCUCAUGGUUGCCAUGAUCAGCGGCUUCUUUGCCAUUUUCGCAGAGCUGCUGUUGCCGGGCCUCGCCGUUCUGUGCCGCGACUGGCCCGUUCUCCAGGCCGCGGCCACUGUGCCUCUGCUCCUGCUGCUCGCCUACUGGUGCUGUGCGUCAGUGUUUCCUGAGUCUCCUCGCUGGCUGCUGGCCACAGCUCAGAUCCACCAGGUGAAGAGGAGCCUCCAGGAAUUCUCCACCAGGAAUGGUGUUUGUCUGCUCGAUGAAAUCUACCCUGGUGAAACCCUGCUGUCAGAGAUAGAUUCAGCAUACGGAGAAGACUGUCGGCCAGCCUACUUUUCCGUUCUGGAGCUGCGUCGGACUCGUGUUAUCUGGAAGAACUGCCUCAUCCUGAGCUUCACGCUCUUCAUUGGAACAGGGAUCCAGUACUGUUUCACCAGAAACCUGCACGCUUAUUCCUCCAACUUCUACUUUGUCUACUUCCUCCGAGUGAUAACCGGAGCUCUGGCCUGCAUCUUCAUCUGCUUGUCUGUCGAUCACUUCGGUCGGCGUGGUAUGCUUCUGCUCUCUGCCAUCAUCACUGGACUGUCGUCGCUGCUGCUGCUGGCCCUCACUCAGUAUCUGCACGGAGGCCUGGUGCUGGUGCUCUCCGUCGUGGGUUUGCUGUUCUCUCAAGCUCUCGCCAUGCUCAGUGCGUUCUUUGCCUGUGAGGUGAUGCCGACCGUGGUUCGAGGUGGUUGCCUUGGCCUGGUGCUGGCAGCCGGUUGUGUUGGCAUGGCCGCCUCCUCCUUGAUGGAGCUCCAGAAUAACAGUGGCUACUUUCUCCACCAUGUUGUCUUCGCCUCCUUCGCUGUCCUCUCUGUUCUCUGCAUAAUGCUCCUGCCUGAAAGCAAACGCAAGCCGCUCCCAGACUCCCUGAAGGAAGGCGAGAGUCAACGCCGGCCUUCUCUCUUCCUGUCCCGGCCUGACAGGGACAACCUGCCGUUACUCUGCGCCCGCCCACCUUUAUCAGAGUACAACCCCGAUAACUAUUCCCGUUUGGUCUCUGCUACCAGGAGGAUGUUGACGAAAGACAAUUUGCCUUAUAGGAUUGCUGUACCAACUCAUUCCCCUCUUCUGUCAUGCAGUGAAACACAGGGACAAGAGAAUGAGGUCAUAUCUUAACUCUGCUGACGGAGCCUCCUCAUCCUCCUCCUCCUCUGUACAGACUUGGAUUAUCCGUCCUCCUUCAUACCUCUACAGACAGUUUCCCAUCGUCCUUCAUUUAAUUAUUUACUAAGUCAUUGGUUGGUCAUAACUCAACUGAAGAACUGACCUGGGCUCAGAUGGAGUGCGCUUCAGAGCGAUGCCUCCAAGUUUGUCAAUUUUCAGUCUCCUCUUGUUGCAUUUUACACUUGAAGCACAUUGCUGUGCUGUGUUAUUUUCUCCCUUCAUUAUGCGCUGAAAAGCAGUGGCCUUUAGCUAAAGAGUUUUGUCGUCCAAACCUCAGGUGAGGGUUGAACUGUAACAUUGCAUGUUAUGCGUGUUCUUAUGUGGUGAAUUCCCUUAAAUAUGCUCUCACUCUUUGGCCAAUGCAGUGGAGGUCACACUGCUGGUGUGUGUAGGGGCAUUCACACUGAAUAGUCACACUAGUUUCACCAGAGAAGCUCGCUCAAUCGUGCGGAUGCUGGAGAUCAUGUGAGCUGCAGUCCUUUGUCCACUUAUUAGCUGCUCAUGCACUUUCCAUUGGGUCUGUCCGUCUGAUUCACCAGCAGUGAGUCAGUGCUGAGAGGAUCCCGAGGACACACUAAACUAGUCCACACUGUCUUUGUGGAGUCUUGUUAUACUUGUGAAGCACACAAGAGGGCGCUUAAUGAUGCACUGGUCAUUGAAUAUGACGACUGAGUCAAAGGAAGCUAUUUCACUGAGAAGAAUUUGGAAAAUAACACCAGAUAUCAGCCAGUGAAUUCUGUUUAUUCUGUAGACCACUGUGUUACAAACUGAUUUAAAGGUGCUAUUUUUGCAUUACGUGUCUGUUGAAACACUUAAAGUAGCCAAUACAUUGGCAAUGUACUAACCACUGUAACCCCCUCUGUCUUGUAAUGAUUAAGUUGUGUCCUUUUGUUAUAUAUAAAAGAUAAGUAUUAAGAAAAGUGUGGUUGAAAAGCUUUAAAAUUCAGCAGUACCAACUUAACUGAAGGACAUUAGAUAUUUUCACAAUAACGGCCUAAUACAACCGUAGGUGUUUUUUCUGUAUUUGAUGUAUCGUGUUUGUGACGACAUUCUGCCUGUUGAUGCCAUAGCAUCUUGUGAAGAGAAACUAGUUCUUUCUAGAGUAGUUUGUUACUGAGGGGAUGAUGAAAAUGUCACGGUUGCCUUAAAUAAUAGGAGAAAAACACACCACUGGUUCGGCCUAUAGAAGAUUUGGUGUAAUAGUUCGCUAAAUGUGCUAAAGAUGCUUUUGUAUCGACUGAAACUCGUCCAGUUGGUCAGAGAAAAUCAUGUAUUGUUCUUUUCAUAUCCUCUUAAUACUCAAUGUCCUUAACAAGUGAAAAACCUUAGUGACGAAGAACUGUUGCCUUGUUUGUAUCCUAACCUUCAGGUCAGAUGUUCCUACCAGCCUAAAGCGUAAAUUACAUUCAAAACAUGCAAAUCACCAAAACUUUGGGUUGAGAUGUUUUGUCUCCUUAGUUGUUACCCUCUCAGACCACUAGAUGGAGCUAUGCACUGUACUACCUCAUGUGGAAAUGUCAGCCUACAGAUGUUGAGGAAUAAUAGUGUGUGUGUGUGUGUGUGUGUGUGUGUGUGUG